AUGGAUGUGUCCAACUUCAUUAUUCCAACUAAUAAUAUUAGCCAUACGCAAAUCCCUCUCUAUUUUUUUCCUAAAAUUUUAAUUCUCUCUCUCUCUCUGUCUAUCCAACAUUUGCACCCGCUGUUUAUCAUACUUUCUUUCUCUCUCUCUGUGUUUAUCAUACUUUCUUUCUCUCUCUCUGUGUUUAUCAUACUUUCUUUCUCUCUCUCUGUGUUUAUCAUACUUUCUUUCUCUCUCUCUGUGUUUAUCAUACUUUCUUUCUUCUCUCUGUGUUUAUCAUACUUUCUUUCUCUCUGUAUUUCUCAUACUCUUUCUUCUGUAUUUUCUUCUUUCUCUCUGUGUUUAUUCUUUCUCUCUGUUUUUAUCCUUUACUUUCUUUUCUCUCUGUGUUUAUCAUACUUUCUUUCUCUCUGUGUUUUAUCAUACUUUCUUUUCUCUCUGUAUUUUUCAUCUCUGUUUUUUUCUUUCUUUCUCUCUGUGUUUAUCUACUUCUUUCUCUCUCUGUAUUUUAUCAUACUUUCUUUCUCUCUGUAUUUAUCAUACUUUUCUUUCUCUCUGUGUUUAUCAUACUUUCUUUCUCUCUCUCUGUGUUUAUCAUACUUUCUUUCUCUCUGUUUUUUAUCAUACUUUUCUUUUUUUCUCUCUGUGUUUAUCAUACUUUCUUUCUCUCUGUGUUUAUCAUACUUUCUUUCUCUCUGUGUUUAUCAUACUUUCUUUCUCUCUGUGUUUAUCAUACUUUCUUUCUCUCUGUGUUUAUCAUACUUUCUUUCUCUCUGUGUUUAUCAUACUUUCUUUCUCUCUGUUUUUUAUCCUCUCACUUUCUUUUCUCUCUGUGUUUAUCAUACUUUCUUUCUCUCUGUGUUUAUCAUACUUUCUUUCUCUCUGUGUUUAUCAUACUUUCUUUUCUCUCUCUGUGUUUAUCAUACUUUCUCUCUGUCCCUCUCUGUUUAUCAACCUUUCUUUCUCUUUCUCUCUCUGUUUAUCAACCUUUCUUUCUCUUUCUCUCUCUGUUUAUCAACCUUUCUUUCUCUUUCUCUCUCUGUUUAUCAACCUUUCUUUCUCUUUCUCUCUCUGUUUAUCAACCUUUCUUUCUCUUUCUCUCUGUUUAUCAACCUUUUUCUUUUCUCUCUGUUUAUCAACCUUUCUUUCUUUCUCUCUCUGUUUAUCAACCUUUCUUUUUCUCUCUGUUUUAUCAACCUUUCUUUUUUCUCUCUGUUUAUCAACCUUUCUUUUCUCUCUCUCUGUUUAUCAACCUUUCUUUCUCUCUCAUUUAUCAACCUUUCUUUUUUCUCUCUCUGUUUAUCAACCUUCUUCUUUUUCUCUCUGUUUAUCAACCUUUCUUUCUCUCUCUGUUUAUCAACCUUUCUUUCUCUCUCUGUUUAUCAACCUUUCUUUCUCUCUCUGUUUAUCAACCUUUCUUUCUCUCUCUGUUUAUCAACCUUUCUUUCUCUCUCUGUUUAUCAACCUUUCUUUCUCUCUCUGUUUAUCAACCUUUCUUUCUCUUUCUCUCUCUCUUUUAUCUUUUUCUCUUUCUUCUCUGAUUUAUCUCUCUUUUCUUUCUCUUUCUCUCUGUUUAUCAUCCUUUCCUUCAUAACUUUCUUUCUCUUUUUAUCAACCUUUUCUUUCUCUUUCUCUCUCUCUUUCUCACGCGUUUCUCUCUCUCUCUCUCUCUGUUUCUCAACCUUUCUCUCUUUCUCUCUCUCUCUCUCUCUCUUUCUUUCUCUUUCUCUCUCUCUUAUCAACGUCUCUCUCUCUCUCUCUCUCUCUCUCUCUCUCUCACUCUUUCUCUCUCUCUCUCACAUCAACACUUUCUUCUCUCUCUCUCUCUCUCUCUCAACCUUUCUCUCUCUCUCUCUCUCACGCGUCUCUCUCUCUCUCUCUCACGCGUUUCUCUCUCUCUCUCUCUCUUUUCUCUCUCUCUUUCUCACUUUCUUUCUCUUUCUCACUGACACACGUUUUCUCUCUCUCUCUCUCUCUGUUUAUGACACACUUUCUUUCUCUCUCUCUCUCUCUCACACUGACACACGUUUCUCUCUCUCACACUUCUCUCUCUUUCUAACAUAUCUCUCUCUCCCAAUAUCCAUUAUGUGUUUAUUUACCUGUUUUCAAAGAGCCACAACAAUCAGGCAUCCUCUCUCUGAAUCAACCUUUCUUUCGUCUCUUUCUCUCUUUGUUUUUUCAACCUUUCUUUGUGUUUCUCUCGGUUUAUCAACAGCCCCAUCACAUUACUUUCUCUUUCUCUCUCUUAAAGCCAACUUUCUUUCUUUCUCUUUCUCUCUUUUGUUAUUUCCCCCCCAUUUCUCUCUUUAUGUGACCUUCUGUUCAUCUGCCCGAUCAGUUCUGAUCGCGUUCUCUUCUCCCUCUCUCUCUCUUUCUAAGGCUUUCUCUCUCCCAAUAUCCACUCUAUUUUAUUUUCUUGGGGGUUCUUUCUCUUCCCUCUCUCUCUUUUCUUCCUUGUUCUUUCUCUUCUCUCAAUACUCUUUCGUCUUGUUCUUUCUCUUCUCUCUCUCUCUCUUCUUUUCUUCUUUCUCUUUCUCUCUGCUCAAUCUUUCAAACUUUCGCUUCGGUCUUUCUAUUUCUCUCUCUCUCUCUGUGAUGACCUUCUCUUCAUCUCUCUCUCUCUUUCUUCGUCGUUUCUUUCUCUUCUCUCUCUCUCCCUUUUUUUUUUUGUUUUUUUCUCUUCUCUCUCUCUCUCUCUUUCUUCAAUGGAAUUCUUUCUAUGAUUCUCGUUUCUCUUUCUUCGCUUGUUUUUUCUCUUCUCUCUCUCGUCUCUCUUUCGACGCUUGUUCUUAA